GCCCUAGAAGCGAAAAUCCGUUGGGCCCAAAAGCCAUAAAAAUAAAUCCAACCCAAGGCUGGCUUUUAGAAAUCCAGAUGGAUUUCUUCCCUUCUGAAGAGCCAGAUCUGCCGACUCCCAAACCUCACCCUCGACAGCUUUUCUCCCCGACCCCUUACCCUCUUCCUCGCCCUGGACCUGUGUCGCAGCAUGUGAAACGACUUCCUCGACCUCUUUCUCGUGCUUGACCUGUGCAGCAGCAUGUGAAGAUGACUUCCUCAACUCUCUUCUUCUUCUUCUUCUCCUUCUUCUUCUUCUUCUAAGCUCUCUCUUGCUGUCUUUCUUUAUGCAGAAAUCCUCCAAAUUUUGUGUCUUCACUCACUAGGUACCUUUUCUCUUUCUCCUCACUACCUCAUCCGAUGAUGGCAAGUAGGUCAGAUCUAGACGUCGAUGAUGACUUCAGUGAAAUUUAUAAGGAAUAUACUGGUCCUCUGGGAUCUGCACCUGCAAAUUCACAAGAGAGAGUGAAAACAAAUAAAAGAUCCCAUGCAGGUUCAGAUGAAGAAGAGGAGCCUCAUGAUCCAAAUGCUGUUCCAACUGAUUUCACUAGCAGAGAGGCUAAAUUUUGGGAGGCUAAAUCUAAAGCUACUGAGAGGAAUUGGAAAAAAAGAAAAGAAGAGGAAAUGAUUUGCAAAAUAUGUGGCGAAUCAGGCCACUUUACUCAGGGGUGCCCGUCUACUCUUGGAGCAAAUCGCAAGUCUCAGGAUUUCUUUGAAAGAGUUCCUGCAAGAGACAAGCAUGUGAAAGCCCUUUUUACCGAGAAGGUUAUUCACAAGAUUGAAAAAGAUAUUGGCUGUAAAAUUAAAAUAGAGGAGAAGUUUAUCAUUGUGAGUGGCAAGGAUAGGUUAAUCUUGGCCAAAGGCGUGGAUGCUGUUCACAAAGUGAUCAAGGAAGAAGGUAACAAAAGGGGAUCAUCUAGUUCCCAUGCAGCUAGAUCUAGGUCGUCUGAACGGAGCCCUGUUGGUUCACGGUUGGGACGCUCUGAACCCUUAAGGCCUUUUUCUAGCCCACAAAACACAUCACAGUUCCAGCAGAGGUCCAGCAGGCAUGAGAAAGCUGUGGAAGACCGUGUUCGUGAGGAUCUGCAUAAAUUAUCAAGGGGCUCUCCACAAGCUUAUGGUAAUGAUGGAGCCAGAGGUCGUUCAAGCCGUUCAAAGUCUCCAGCACGUGGCCCUUACAUGGGUAACGACUAUAAUUCGUAUGAAAAUCAUACUGAAACCAUGGGGAUCUACAGAACUGAUGGAUGGGAUACUGAGAGACGAGGAUCCGAUAUCCAAUCUGGCCGUAAGUUUGAACACUCCACCUUUCCCCAGACAAUAGAAGAAUUAGAGCUGGAAUAUAAGAGGGAGGUGAUGGAACUUGGAAGAAUUCGAGACAAGGAAGAAGAUGAAGAGAAUUACAAGCAUCGGGAGGCUGUCAGGGAAAUGCAAGAAAUUUAUAUGAAGAAAUUGACUAUUUUAAGGGGCACUCAAACUAAACAGUGGGAAGAGUUUCUUCAGCUUGAUGCCCAAAGGCGGCAGCGUGCUCGCCAACAAAUGCCCACUUCGGGGUUUGGUGGUUAUAAACAGCCCAAUUUUGCUGACUAUGAUGGUUCUUUGGCAAACCCUCACUAUGCAGCAGCCAAUUUUCCUAUGGAUCCAAGGGGCAGGUAUUCAAAUGCUAUAGAAGAUUAUCCUUCAUCAAGGCCUCAUGACACUUAUAGUGAUUUCCAGCGGCCAAGGCGAGAUGAUUUUGGGAAAUCUUACAAUCGUUACUGAAUCGGUUUAUCAGAAUUGAGUGGGGGUCCAGAUCUUGGUGGACAUGGGUGAUGCACGUGGAGCCUCUAAUCUUAGGUAAGUAUGUUAGCCAUGCUACUGGAUUUGAGAAGGAAGCAUGGUGGGGGUAUUCACAUAUCAGGACAGUUUCUUCCGCUUUUUGUUUGGUGGUUCUGUUUUGUUUCCGAAUGCGGGUGUGAACAAAUGACUUGGUUAAAGGCUUAAAGCUGAAUUGUGGUUGAGAAUCUCUCGAGAUACUGUUUUUUUUAGUGUUUGGCCAAGCCCUGAUUUCAGCUUUUGGUUUGCUGGAUA